AUGUUGAAGCCCCGUUCACUUCUACGAGGAGAUAUUACAUAUGAUGCUGCAAAGGACAGUGACGCUAAUAUUCUCCACGAGUUAGGCUACAGAGAUCAGAAGAUCCGAUUCUUUACCUACCUGUACCGAAAUCGGGAGCUGAUUAAGUCGCUUAUUACCAGACAUCUUGGUCUUGCGUCUCGAGAUUUGUGUCAUCUUGUGGAUGUGGAGGACUGGAUACAUGGAAGUUUCAAUGUUUGCAUUCGGGCUGAUAUCUUUGACUCGGCAGGAGCGGUCGGGAGACAAGUGAUGAUUCGAUUUCCUCUACCGUAUAGGAUUGGGGAGAAUUAUUGCCCUGGAAACGCGGAUGAGAAAGUCCGUUGUGAAGCUGGAACCUAUACAUGGUUCCUGAACUCGCGGUCUUGGCGACUGCCUCAGGCCGAAGUGUACGAACUGCGGCCAGUGGAAAAGCGUUUCCCCGAUACCGCCGACUCCUUUCUUUGA